AUGGAGAAAGUCGCAAAGAAGGAUCCUAAAAAGGCACUGGAACAUAAGAAAGAGGCAAAGAAGGAAGCAAUUAAAAAGGACGAUACACCAAAACCAGUUAAGAAAAUCAUUAAAAAGGAUGCCAAAAAAGACUUAUCAGCGAGCGAGGACAAGAAAGAGCAGAAGAAAGAUAUUAAGAAGCCCUCAAAAGAAGCAAAAAAGAAUGUAGUUGAGGGGAAGAACGUUGUAGCGCCCAAACCAAAACCACUGAAAAAGGAGACUGGGGCACAAUCCAAACUGAAGGAAAAAGUCAAAUUAAAGGCGUCAAAGAAGGAGUCCAGCACAACAAGCAGCAAAGCAGAGGAUAUUUCACCAACAAUCACUGAAGAUCCCGAAGUGGAGAGGUCGCUGAUGUCCACACCCGAAGACCUAACUAAAGACUUUGAGCAACUCAGGGCAGAGCUGCUCGCCGAAGACGAAGCAACAGUUCACGGAAACCAAAUAGAAGAGAUCAUACCAUAUCCAAUGUUCCUUGUGGCUCGAGGGACCCAGCUACCAAUAAGCAAAGUCCUCAUGGUGCAUCUAAAACAGAUGUUGACCUCUGCUUGUGAAGAAAGUGCCAUAGAUGAAGAAAAGCCUCUGGCUAAAUCUGGAGGUGGUUCUCGACCCCCGGGAGGAAAGUUGUCUUCCAAACAGUGUGAGGAUACCCCACCCACAUCCCUCAGCGAAUCCGCCCCCUCUCAGACUGAUUCAGAUGUACCUCCUGGAACAGAAGAGUGUCCCUCAAUCACUGCAGAUGCAAACAUAGACUCAGAGGAUGACUCAGAAACACUGCCCACUGACAGGACCCUCACCUACAAACAUGUAGACCCUCCUCCAGUGGUACCCAAGGACACAGCUCCGUCUCCUGGCCAUCAUGAUGUGUGCAUGGUAGAUCCAGAAGAAAAUGCAAACCCAGAUAGUGAAAAGUCCAAAAAGAAAAAGCUCACCAAAAAAGCAACACCAGCGGUUAAGCCAGCAACUCAAAAAGCCAAGGACACAAAGACUGUUCUGCACAAGAAAAGUGUAGGUGAAGGAAAAGAUGUAAAAAAUGCAACAAACACUUCUGCUUCAAGAGGUGUAAAGAGUGAAACUGGAAAGGGAUCCAAUGGGACAGCUCUGCUCAACUGUCCGCCCAUGUACAUGGAUUUGGUAUACAUCCCUAAUCAUUGUAGUGCCAAGAAUGUAAAUGCUGAAUUCUUCAAGAGUGUGCGAUCUUCAUACUACGUCAUCAGUGGAAACAAUCAGACUGCUCAGGAGCCCAGCAAAGCCGUCUUAGACGCUCUGCUCGAGGGAAAAUCGCAUUGGGAACACAAUAUGCAGGUGACCCUGAUACCAACACAUGACACUGACGUCCUGAGGGAGUGGUAUCAGGAAACCCACGACAAACAGCAGGAGCUGAACAUCAUGGUUCUGGCCAGCAGCAGCACUGUCGUCAUGCAAGACGAGUCUUUUCCAGCGUACAGGAUAAAAAGCUGCGUGCAAGCCAAGCGACAUCUCUUGACAGAAGACGUGAUCAAACUACAAGAUUUUCAGCAAAAAAAGUUGGCAGUGGCUCAUCUUGCAACGAGAUCAGAAGGAAAUUUCAUUGCACUCUUUAAUCAAAAAUUGGAGAGAAGAGAACUGAUACUGCGGGAUGAUUUAAAACUUCUGCUGCACUUAUGCCAGUCGUCUGAUGAUAUGAUUGUGGCCAGAGAUGCCAUUUACAGGUACCAUUCAGAAAACCCAAACUUUGCCCAUGGAGAGUUCCGGUUUGGCCCUCUCUUCAUGAGAUUGUGUUAUGAGUUGGGUUUGGAAGAAUUGGCUGCAGCAACAAUUAAAGACAAAGAAAUGAAAGGUUUCUUCAAUGACGCUACAUCCUUCAACAUUGCUAUAGACAUGUUAUUUACAAAAGGGGCGUUUGAAAAUGCUCUCGAAGUACUCAGAACAAUGCAAACCUAUGACAUACAUUUUAACAACGACACACUGAUACUAGCAUUUGGAACGUGUUACAAACUGAAUACGCCAGAGUCCUACAAGAUAUGCACUGUUAUAGUAGAAAAAGUCCAAAGUAAAGGGCACACAAUUCCCAGAAAGGCUUACUUCUUUGCCAUAGCUCUGGCGCUUAAACAGAAUGACAUCGACAUGGCACAGUCUUUCUAUUCCCAAAUAAUGAAUACAGAAGGAAGAUUGUGUAAAAAUUUGAAGAUCCUUAUACUAUUAAAAUCAGGGGACAUGGAAAAACUUACCUCAACUCUAUAUGCUGCUACUUUGCACAAAACUCCUGCAUUUAUUAAAAAGCCAGAAUAUACUCAGGAAGUGGUGGAUAUAGUGCGAUCGCAAUGUGAAGCCGAACCCUAUAAGACAGAAAUCAGCCAGAUUGUGUCUCAGCUUGAAAAGUCCGGUCAGGUGAUCCAACAAACCCUGGACGAACUCCUGUGCCACACUCCUGCAGCCAAGAAGAAACAGUGGCCGAUGAUGCAGGAGAACCGAAGGAACACAAGUCGACGGACUCUUGCGCCGCUUAACUCUGCUCUGAUCUCUGACUGA